GUACGCCAUUUUCACUCGUUUCAACGACUUUCUCUCUCUUUACAUGCAUGCCACCAACCAUCUCAGAACCAAGACAAUCCAUUCUUCUUCCUUUUCCUUGUUUCUUAAGUCUCUGCCUUGCCCUGUUUCUCUCUGUUUCCCCAAGCUUGCUCUGUUUCUGUUGCUGAAUUGUUUGCUUAGUUUUAUUUGAUUCUCCUUCUUCUUCAGUUAUCAGAAGUUAAAACACCAGGUACAAGUUCUGCUUUUUACUGGCAGAUACCUAUAUUGCAAUGAACAGUCUCAAGCUAUGUGUAGAAGUUGUGGGAGCUCAUGACCUUGUACCAAAAGAUGGACAAGGCUCAUCUAGCACAUUUGUGGAACUCCACUUUGAUGGUCAAAAAUUCAGGACAACAACAAAAGAAAAAGAUCUAAGUCCUGUUUGGAAUGAGAGCUUCUACUUCAACAUCACUGAUCCAACCAAGUUACCAACCCUCCCUCUUGAUGCCUGCAUCUACCACUACAACAAAAGCACUAGCUCUAAACUCGUCCUCGGCAAGGUUCGCCUCACUGGAACCUCAUUCGUCCCGUAUUCCGAUGCUGUUGUUCUGCACUACCCUCUGGAGAGGAAAGGCCUAUUUUCGCGCACGAAAGGAGAGCUUGGUUUGAAGGUGUUUGUCAUUGAUGACCCUUCUAUAAGAGCCUCAAACCCUCUUCCUGCAAUGGAAUCAUUUAUGAGCACACAUCAAAAUCUAACACACGAUUACGAAACGCCAACACCAGCAUCAUUUACAAAUUCAAUCCCCAAAAGCAAGUCUAGAAAGAUCAAUGAGUCGAGGCACCUAUUUCAUGAUAUUCCUAAAUCAAAAAAUGGACAAAAAGAAGAGCAAUUUUCACCUUCAGCCAAGCCAAGUGUAACAUUUGGGAUUCAUGAGAUGAAAUCUGAAAAGCCUAAAGCAUUUACAGGUGUAGCAUCUGCAAUGGAUUAUGCAGUUAAAGAGACAAGCCCUUUUCUUGGAGGAGGGAGAGUUGUUGGUGGAAGGGUUAUUCGUGGUGGGAACAUACCAGCCAGCACCUAUGAUCUUGUAGAACCAAUGCAGUACCUUUUUGUGAGAGUUGUGAAAGCUCGCGAUCUUCCAUCAAAGGAUUUAACUGGUAGCCUUGACCCUUAUGUGGAAAUCAAGGUAGGAAACUUCAAAGGAAUCACCAACCACUUUGAGAAAAACCAGAACCCUGAAUGGAACAAGGUGUUUGCCUUUGCCAGGGAGAAUAUCCAAUCAACCAUUCUUCAAGUUGUGGUAAAAGACAAGGACACAAUACAAGAUGAUCUUGUUGGAUAUGUGAAAUUUGAUCUCCAUGAAGUACAGAGGCGCGUUCCGCCGGAUAGUCCUUUGGCUCCUGAGUGGUACAGGAUUGAGGAUAAACAUGGGGAGAAGAUAAAAAAUGGGGAAUUAAUGCUUGCUGUCUGGUAUGGCACACAAGCUGAUGAGGCUUUCCCAGAUGCUUGGCAUUCUGAUGCUAUUAUCUUGCCGAAUGGAACAACAAGCUCUGCAGCUCACAAUUAUUCUCAGAUUCGGUCUAAAGUUUACCAUUCGCCGAGGUUAUGGUAUCUUCGAGUGAAAGUGAUUGAAGCACAAGACUUGAUUCCAUCUGAGAAAUCUAGAGUCCUUGAUGCAUAUGUUAAGGUGCAGCUCGGUAACCAGAUUUUGAAGACAAAACCGGUUCAAUCACGGGCCAUGAACCCACAGUGGGAUCAGGAGCUGUUGUUUGUGGCUGCUGAGCCCUUUGAAGAGCCUCUGAUCAUUUCAGUUGAAGACCGUGUCGGGAACAACAAGGAUGAAACCGUUGGCAACCUUGUGAUUCCUCUCAGCACGGUUGAGAAGCGCGCUGAUGAUAGAUCUGUGCAUAGCAGGUGGUAUCACCUUGACAAGUCCAUGUCAUCUGCUAUGGAAGGGGAACAAGGAAAAAGGAAAGAGAAGGACAAGGAUAAAUUCUUCAGCAGGAUCCAUGUCAAUGUGUUCCUUGAUGGAGGGUACCAUGUACUAGAUGAGUCUACUUAUUACAGCAGUGAUCUCAGGCCUACUUCUAAGCAGCUCUGGAAGAAAUCAAUUGGUGUGUUAGAGCUUGGAAUUUUGAAUGCUGAUGUGUUACCAACAAAAACAAGAGAUGGAAGAGGCAUAUCAGAUACAUUCUGUGUUGCAAAAUAUGGCCAGAAAUGGGUGAGAACUAGAACCAUUGUUGGCAAUUUGAACCCGAAAUUCAAUGAGCAGUACACUUGGGAGGUUCAUGAUCCAGCCACAGUUCUCACAUUGGGGGUGUUUGAUGAUGCACACCUCAAUGUCAAUGGCUCAAAUGGUAGCAGUAGCAAAGAUUCAAAGAUUGGCAAGGUUAGGAUAAGGAUCUCAACAUUGGAAACUGGCAGGGUUUACACAAACACUUAUCCAUUAUUGUCACUGCAAACUUCAGCUGGUGUGAAGAAGAUGGGUGAGGUUCACUUAGCCAUACGUUUCUCGUGCACCUCGCGGGUCAACAUGAUGCGAUUGUAUUUCAAGCCCCAUUUGCCAAAGAUGCACUAUUCAAAGCCGCUUAACAUUAUUGAACAAGAAAAGGUGAGGGUUCAGGCUAUGAACAUUGUGGUGGCCAGAUUAAGCAGGACAGAACCUCCUCUGAGAAGGGAAGUGGUGGAGUUCAUGUCUGACACAGACUCUCAUUUAUGGAGCAUGAGGCGAAGCAAGGCGAACAUAAACCGUUUGAAGACGGUGUUUUCAGGGGUGAUUUCAGUGGGGAUGUGGCUAGGUGAAAUCUCCACAUGGAAGAAUCCAGUGACAACAGUGCUGGUUCACAUUCUCUUUGCAAUGCUUGUGUGCUUCCCACAACUCAUUCUACCGACCGUGUUUCUCUACAUGUUUAUAAUAGGGAUGUGGAAAUGGAGGUUCAGAUCAAGAUCCCCUCCCCACAUGGACAUUAAACUCUCUGGUGCAGAUGCAACAAAUGGUGAUGAGCUUGAUGAGGAAUUUGACACGUUUCCAACCACAAAGAGUUCUGAUGUGGUUCGUUGGAGGUAUGAUCGGUUGAGGAGUUUGGCCGGGAGGGUUCAGAGUGUUGUUGGGGACAUAGCUACCCAAGGAGAAAGGAUCCAUGCACUUGUGAACUGGAGGGAUCCUCGUGCCACCACCAUAUUCAUGGCAUUUUGUUUAGUUGCUGCUAUGGUGUUGUAUGUGGUGCCUUCUCAGGUGGUGUUUCUUGCAGGUGGAUUUUACCUGAUGAGGCACCCGAAGCUUCGGGGAAAGACACCAUCAGCACCACUCUGCUUCUACCGCAGGCUGCCUGCUCUAACAGAUAGCAUGUUGUAGAGUUGAAUAAACUCUUUUGUUUUGAAAACUUCUCUGCUGGCUGCCCUAUGCGGCUGCAAUUGCGGUCACAAUGUCCUUGCAGGGAGUUCAAAUCUCUUUCAUAUCUGCCGCACUGUUUGAUUUUGAAGAGCUUGUACAAAUCAACCGGGGCAGGGCUAUCUCUUGUUGUCUUGUCUGUCACUUGAGUUAUGACUGUGAAUACAAAAUAUAUUGUACACAUGAUGUUGAAAAAUGGAAAUUGGGUGGAACCUCCAUUUCCAUGUCCUAAUAUAAACCAUGUACAAAAAAUGCUUGGUAGGAUAAAAUUGUGUGAAACACACAAGCAUUGCAUAAAGAAUGUGCAUCUGUUGUCACAAUAUUAUUCCAUGUAAAAAUUUCCUCAA